AAGUUCUAUUUAUUCAAGAUUAUACCGGACGUGGUUAAUGCAAUGAUAACGGUGUUGAUGAAAAGAGGUUCGACUGCAGAAGCGGAUUUUAGGCGCACUUUGUCGUGGAGUUCCGAGACACGGAAAAAUUAUGAAGCUGUUGAAAAAUGCAUCCAUACCACUUACAGAUCACUACAAACGCUCGGGAAAUUUGAAACUGUCCGACGAAGCUUUCAGGUUGUACUCGAGGAAAUCAUAGCCGAAAGACUAGCGAUGGAACCUACGUACCAGAUUUACGAAGAUUUAUGGAACGGAGUUGAAAAAAUCAAGUCAACGAGCUUGGAGACAGGAUUUGGACCGUACCACAAGGCUCAACUGUUCUUCUUGUACCUGGCUGAGUCCCGAUGUGACGGCUCAGCUGCUGCCAGCAUGACAGGUCGCACUUUCGUUGAUUCUUAUUUGCCCGCAGGAAUAAGGCUCCGUACGGCAAUAGCGACAUACCCCGAGUUUGCGAGAGCAUUUCAGUGUGCUCUGGAACAGAAGAUGAGACGGAACCUAAGCUGCGUCCUCUACGUCACUGAGACUACCACGACUGCAGCCGCAAAUAUUUUAUUCGAUUUGCGACGAUGACUCUCGCUAUAAAUAUAUGUGAAUGUAGGAACGGCAAUUGACUAGGAUUGGAUAAGUGCAACGUCAAUGGGUAAUAUGAUUUAGAAAAUUGGGCGACAAUCUCGGAGUCUUUGAAAUAUGUAGUUCACACAGCUACAAUGACGACAUUACGUUGGCUAUCGGAGUCACCGCAGGAAAACAUCGAGCACGAUCGAUGUUAUUGAAAUUAUAUUAUAUCAAACUAUUUUCGUUGUAUUAGUAUUCUCUGUUCUAAAAGAUUUAAUUGUGUGCAUCUGUAAUAAGGAAUACUCCUGUUCCAGGGCUACUCUUCUGAGGGAUAAUGCAUUCACAACUUGAUAGAACUAAUACAGCUUCAGUACUAGUAUAUAUGUAUCUACAGCAGGUGCAAAAAGUGCUGUGCAGAUUUGACAAUUGAAAAUUGUGUGACUUGUGAAAACUGUGCACUUUUUAUUCAUAUCGGUCUUCGUGGUUUUCCUCAGAUGUCAUAAUAAUAUGAA